AUGGUGUCUGGGGAACAGUCUGUGAUGAUGGUUGGAGCUACCAAGAUUCUAGUGUGGUCUGCAGAGAGUACCUAUGGUAGCAACAGCUAUACUAGCGUCAUUGUUCCAGAUGGAAGCUGUUUAGGAGGUGAAUCAUCCUUUGAAGAAUGUCACAACUAUGAAUCUUGGGCAACCCAAGAUGGAUAUGUUGUUUCUGUUUCUUGUUCAGGUUAUCCAGUCCGAUUAAUUGGGCCAUCUCGGUGUGCUGGGAGAGUCGAAGUCUACUAUAGUAAUGGAUGGCAAACUGUAUGUGAUGACGGCUGGGACUUGAAUGAUGCUCAGGUGGUCUGCAGACAGCUGGGCUGUGGUACAGCACUGAUUGCCACUCAUUCAGCCUACUUUGGAAAAGGGACAGAUAAAAUCGUGUUUGAUGAUGUGGCCUGUAUGGGGAGUGAAACACAUCUGAUUCAGUGUUCAAAAAGGGGAUAUUUGAGUCAUGACUGCACUCAUAAUCAAGAUGCUGGUGUUAUCUGUUCAGGUGAGAAAAUGUUUAUCACUGUUCAAUUAAAGGGGCCAACUCAAUGUUCUGGACGAGUUGAAAUCUACAACAAUAGAUCCUGGGGAACUGUCUGCAAUAACAGCUGGGACAUAAAUGACGCCAGAGUGGUCUGUAGACAGCUGGACUGUGGUACAGCACUGAGCGUGCUUCAAUUUGGAGAGGGAGCAGGAGAAAUUAAUGAGGCGAACUGCGCAGGUAGCGAAAGAUAUCUGUCUGAAUGUGGUAUUCGAGCUCAGACCUGCAACCAUAGUCAGGAUGCUGGUGUCAUCUGUUCAGGCCUGACAAAACCCCACAUCAGUAUAAAUCCUCCAGGAAACAUUACCUUCGGUCAGAAUGUCACUGUUUCGUGUUCAAUCCCUGAUGGACAACAAACUCUCAAACUGCUCCAUACUGAGCCGAAAGUAGACCUGGAACCGGUCGCUGUGAAAACGGAGCUCUUUCACAAGCCGGAACUCCCCAAGCUGCUCUAUGGACCUGAGGGUUUCGUGCACCCACAGCCUCUUCUUCCUUGCUGCUCUUUUUCUUCGAACUAG